CCAUUCCUUCUCCAACAUCUAAGUUCGAAUCAGUGGUUGAAUUAAUCGAUUCUGUCUUGUUGGCAGGUGUAGAAACAACAUUACACAAAUUCCGCUGGACAUCGCCAACAUUUGGUCGUUCAACAGCGACCACAGAACGUUUUCUACACCACAGAAGAGCUUUUGAAGUGUUCACAUGCUCAGCACUCGGCAGACAUGGGAGAAAGAAGUUACGAAAAGAAGACUUCAGUAGAAGGAGAACUACCCAUUUCUAAUGGUUAGACAUACCAGCCUAGCUCCCUUUGAUGAUGCUUCGAUCGUUUUUAUUCACCUCGCUCUACAACGAGAAAAAAAGACUGGGUCGUGGAUAAAAGAACGAGAAAACAUGCGGGAAUCUUCAGAUCAAUUUGAUUCUUAUGCUUUUAUUGGGUAAAGGGUUAUUUAUUAGUAGUUACGACCAAGGGAUGGACGAGUACGAGGGAAGCGGUAAUUCCUGAUUUUCAAUUAAUUGUUCAUUUUUAAAGAUGUUGGAAUUACCCAAAAUCCACCUCGGUCGUUUUGAAGCGUAGCUAGCCCCUGCUUCAUUUUGUGCAAGUCUGUAGUAGCUUCCUCGAAGUGUAAAUCCUUAUGAUGAUGAUGAAUCCUCGUUCCCUGAUAUUGCAUGAACGUAAUUAAUCUCUCACCAUUCACAUUCACCAUUCACAUAGGUGUUGAGUUGUAGAGAACUUAGAGUAGUCGCGGAGUGCUAGCACAAACUAGACAAAAUGGCUGACCAACUGACCGAAGAGCAGAUCGCCGAGUUCAAGGAGGGUAUAAUCAUAGAUUUUAGUUUUGUCAUAUUCUUAUCAGAUGAUCAGUGACCUUCACUUCCCGUUCUUGCAUCAUUCUGUAUGUCCACGAUUCGCUUCCGGUUUUCACUCUCAUGAACCUGAUUUAACAAGAAGACACUGCUGAAAAUAGAUUUAAGAUCAACCUUUUCUACCAACCUCAACAACUCCAGCCUUCUCCCUGUUCGAUAAGGAUGGCGAUGGAACUAUCACCACGAAGGAGCUGGGAACCGUUAUGCGAUCUCUCGGUAUCUCACCUAUAUCUCUGUGUUGGAGAUGCUUUAGAACAAUUAUACAUAAGUACCUUAAUAUAAAUUUAAAUGAUUUCCUCCUGUUUUCCUUGUUUUCUCUCGUCAUUUGAAACUGUUCAUUCUCGUUCUAGUCGUUCUUGUCUGUGCUGACAAUGAAUGUGCACUCUUUUUUCCAGGUCAGAACCCCACUGAGGCCGAAUUGCAGGAUAUGAUUAACGAAGUCGAUGCAGAUGGCAAUGGAACUAUUGACUUUCCGGAGUUUUUGUCGCUCAUGGCACGCAAGAUGAAAGAUACCGACACCGAAGAGGAACUCAUUGAGGCCUUCAAGGUAAGUUUCCGUUUACUGAUUAGGGGCCUAAUAGAAAGUUUCAAUGACAUUUUUCCUGCACAUUAUAUAUAGUUUCUAUUUCUACAUUACUUGUUCGGUUCUUGGGAGCAUAAUUACAAAAUGGCUAGAUAGUCAUUUCUCAGCACUGGGUACGACUAGGCAGCACCAGAUCUUGAAGUUGUACUAUGAAUCUGAACUCUUUAUUCGUUUGUCAAGAACAAAGCAACAAAAUUUUGGACAGCAAACAUGAUAACUGUAAUCACACACACACGACUUUCCGCCAACAGGUGUUCGAUCGCGACGGCAACGGUUUCAUCUCUGCUGCCGAAUUGCGUCACGUGAUGACCAACUUGGGUGAGAAGUUGACUGACGAGGAAGUCGAUGAGAUGAUCCGCGAGGCCGAUGUCGAUGGUGAUGGCCAGAUCAACUACGAGGAGUUCGUCAAGAUGAUGAUGGCCAAGUAAAUUUGAUGUUACAAGAGCCAUUUUCAUCGAGAAAUUGUGGGAGUGGGACAAGUAGGUGGAGUAGAGGACAGAAGAAGAGGUAGAGGAAGACAACAAUACCCCACGAAUGGGCACACUACUGAGGCGAGUAGUCAGAACCAGGCACCAGAAGAUGAUACGCGUCAUACCAUCUCAACAUCGAGUAGUAGAUCCACACGAUACUAGUACUCGAAGAUACAAGCAGCGGUCAGUAGGAAAGUACGCCUGUGUUGGGGGAGGGAUACUUUGUCGUGCUAGAAGCUGCAAACAGGCGCGUCUACGUCUCGUCUCAACAACUACGAAGUACUUCUAGUCGGGGAACUCGUGUCUGGGCUUACGUGUUUGAUACUUCACAGCGGUUGUUUUUUCUCGUCGUCGAUUCUGCUCUUUCUGCCCGUUGUUGCUCGCCGCACGCACUGGGAAAAUCACGUCAAUAACACCAUAAUUUUUGUCUCUGUCAAUAUUAACAAACAAACGAUAAGAGUACUCAACUUCUAUCACGAAUCAACUUCAGAUAAAUAGGUACGUUAUGAAUUAGCGAAAAACUAUGGUACUGAGGGCUUUACAACAACGUUUACUUGUGAUUAUAUUACUUAGUCGAUAUAAUAUGAAAUUUUAGGAUGUGGGAAAAAAAAGAGUAAAGCAUAGGUGGAGUUUGGCAAGAGGUUAAUUUAUUGCGAUGUAAAAGGUAGCCGCACUACUGGAAGACAGUCCGUUCUAUUUUGUGGCGUUUUCGCCUUCUGAACCAUAUCCUCAGACUGUCUACAAAGAUGGCCUAGUCGGCUUCUCUUCCAACAAGCCAGGACUGAAGACGCGAACUUUAGAUCGAUAUUGUGGAAAAAUCACUUCUCAAAACAAAGCCAUUCGUUCGAUCGACCUACUCUCGGUGCGACGUCGAUUUAUGCCAGCUG